AUGCGUGAAGUUUCAGCUCAAGAAAUACUUUCACAAGAUACGAUGCAUCAUUUAUUUGGAAAUUUAAAUGCCCUUGUUGACUUUCAAAGAAGAUUUUUAAUUCAAAUUGAAGAUCAAGCUGCUCAUUCUGUGAAGGAACAAAGGUUUGGAAGUUUAUUUAUUCAAUUUGAGGAUGCCUUCUCUGUCUAUGAACCCUUCUGUGCUAAUUUUCAAAUCGCUCAAGAUCUUGUGAUACAAGAAGCACCUAAACUACAGAAGCUUGCAAAUAUCAUGUCCCCAGUGUAUGAAUUACCUGCUAUGCUUAUUAAACCUAUUCAACGUGUUUGUAAAUAUCCACUUUUAAUUCAACAACUCAUCAAGGCUACUCCAGAAGAUUGGCCUUACGUUGAAGAAAAUAAGCAAGGUUUAGAAGCCAUUCAGAGAGUUGCAAAGAAAGUAAAUGAAACAAAACGAUUACAAGAGAAUUUGAUUGUUGUUCAAGACCUUAAGAAACAUAUUGUAGAUGAUUCUAUUAAUAACCCGGGAAUCCUGAUCGAUAGUGCUGGUCAAUUAUUAUUACAUGAUCGCUUUACCUUACAACGUUAUGAUACAGAUAACAGUCGUGAAGUUGUUGUAUUCUUAUUUGAUAAAAUCAUUUUUAUUUGUAAAGAAAUCAAGGAAAUGAAUAAGAAUUCAAUCUCUAUUAAAAAGAAAAGAAAGGACGGUUCUUUGGUUGUUCGAGGAAAAGUGUUAAUGUCUCGUAUUGAACAUGUUCGAGGUUCUUCAAGUCAAAAUGGUCAUUAUACACUACAUAUUUCUUGGUCUGAAGGUGGUGAUACACAGACAAUAUUAUUAAGAUGUCGUAAUGACGAACAUUUAAGGCAAUGGUUAGGUGUUAUUAUAGAGUUAAAAGAAUCAACAACAAAGGUAGAUAUGAUUACAGCACCACAAACACCUCGAAUGGAGCACAGUAAUUCAUUAUUUCAUUAUGAUGAAGAUGAAGAUGAUUAUUACACUGAAGGAGAUAAUAAUACCAGUACUCCUCAUCAUCAUCAUAGUGAAGAUGAAGAAAAUACCAAUAAUAACCAUAGUCCUAUCUUUAUGAGGAAUAGAUCUUAUAGUUACCAACAUUAUCGUUACCCUCCAGAAAUAACCAGUAGAAAGGCAUCUUUAUCGAACAACAGUACAGCUCGUCAUUUCAUGAAUGGUAUUCCUGGUAUCUCUUUGCCUCCUUUACCAAGGUCACCUACUACCAAUAAUACAAUUCCUGCUGUACCAGCACUCAGCAAUGCAAGUAUGUCAACUAUUCAUUCAAAUGAGUCAACAAGUCCUUAUUCCCCAUCUAAUCUAUCAUUUCCUUCAUCUCCUCCAACAAGUUAUCCAUCAUCACCAACACCAAUUGCUAGAACAAGCAGUAAUAAUGUGAAUAUAAACCCAAGUACUUCAAGUAGUAUAUUACCUUCUGGUGCACUGUGGCAAAGAAGACAACAACAACAACAACAACAAAAUGAUGAUAAUAAUAAACAACAACAGAGACAUCAUCAUGCUCGAGCUAGAUCACAAAGUAGUCCUAGCAUUCAAAAAUCUACUACUACAAAUCAGAUAGUGCCAAAUACACCAGAAACACCCAUAGUUAAUCUGAGUAGAAGAAAUAGUAAUGGAUCUAAACAUGAGUCACCUAUCGUUUCAACUCCUGUAGUACUUCCUCAACAACAGCAAGAGACUACAAAAGUGAAGGUACAUUAUUUUGGUGCGAUUUACGUGGUUGUUGUCCCUACAAACAUUGAAUUUGAAGAUCUUCAAAAACGCAUUGAGAAUAAAAUUAAGCUUUGUGGACAAGAAUUUGAAACAUCAAUACUUGGGUUAAAAUAUGAAGAUGAGGAUGGAGAUCUUAUUACGAUUAGUUCAAGUGAAGAUGUUCAAAUGGGCUUUGAAAACAAGGGACCUAAUAAUGCUGUUAAUCUUUAUGUUACUUCCUAA